AUGAUUUUUGUCUGUUGUUGUUUUUUUUAAGCGCGCACGAAGCAGCUAGAGCACGAACGAAGUGUAGAGAGAAACACUAGACGUAGUCGAGAAGCAUUUUCUCUCUGCUCACGUUAUGAUAGCGUAAAUUACGGCGCUUGGCAUGUUUUGAAACCUUAAUUUGGUCCUUCUGUUACUACUUCGCUCAUUCCGAAAUUUUACUUUCAAUUAAUAAAAAAAGAUAGGGAGAGGUUCGAGAAAUGGUCAGACUAAGUAUAUGUUUUCAGUACACUGAUAGAGGACUCUUCUUCGACCGAUGACAGAACGCGUUAUAUCCAAACUUUAUCAUAAUGAGUAUUGGAUUAUUUCUAUUACCCCGCCUUAAAUCAUGUUACGGACCCCCUUCAUCGUUGAUGCUUUUUGCGUCUUUCUGCCAUUGCAUGGGCGAUGCAACAAUAAUAGACGACGGCGUGAAACGUUCUUUUGAUUGACAUUCGUUGUAGCUUGAUUAUGACGAAAUGUAUGUUCUCUUUUAGACAUCGACGAAUGCGGCGAAGCUCAUGCAGUGAAAAUGAACAACUGCCAUCCGAAUGCCUCUUGCACUAAUACUCAGGGCUCAUACAACUGUUCCUGUAAACCUAAAUACAUUGGGAAUGGUACAAACUGUAAAGGUACGUUUGGUAUCCACCAUGCCAUUAAAUUAGUUAAGAUGGCUAUAGGUUAGACUCGAUCUGAAUCUUUCCUAUUCAGGUGGCCAUUAACGACCAUAUUGCUGCUUAGUUAUAUAUAAAGUACGUUAGCUACGCGUUAAUUCUGCCGAAAGCUGUCUUUAAUGCGUUAUUGAAGAAAGAGGAAACACAAAUUCAGAGACUGCUUUUCGUAGUUUAUAAAUUUUAUUUCCAAUAUUUAUUUCUUAGCCUCAUGGUCCGAAAAUGCCCCACGCAAGUAUUACUUCACCUCUCUAUUUUUAAUGUAGUUGUCUUCUUUAAUAACCUAAGUCCUGUUGUAAUAAUUAUUUCACUUUGUAGCCGAUCAUUGCUAUCAUUAUAAAAAUCUGAGUGAUGCGAAUAGAAAGAUGAGUUACGUAACACCUGCCGAUUCAAGUUCGUGUGACAGCCCAUUAUCUGAGGGAUGGUAUCGUUUUGUAGGAGCUGCGGGAACAAAAAUGCCAACAAAGCGUGUGCCAGCAUACAGAUGUGGUACAGACUGGUCAGGCUGGUUGGAUGGUUCUCAUCCUACAGUGGAAGAUGGUAAAGUUCAAAGGACGGUCUGCUUUAGUAAUCGCCCUAAUGGUUGCAAAGAGUUAAAGAAGAUUUUUUGA